UACAUUUCAGUCAAUGAAGAGAGGAAGGGUGAGUGAUUUGUCUUCUUAAACCAUGUCUGCAGAGGCUUUCAUUCUAAGCUGUUGAGAAUCUGGAAAACUUAAAUGAUGAGGAAAGAGUCCAUUCUUUCCCCCAUUCUCAGGCAACUUGAGCUUCAUUAUAUUCUAAAUGUAAUGAACAUUUAGAAUUGUGAUUACUUGUUCUCAACUUAUUAUCAGAUUUUAGGAUAUUAAUUAUAUCUGGGUUUAAAUUGUUUUCUUGUUGGUUGUUAGUUAAAUUGAAUCAGCUAUUUCCAUUCUAUUCAUUGAUUUGGUUUGGUUUUCAAUAACAGUACACAUUUUUUUCAACAUCUUUUUUCUUUUUUUCAAUUUAUAUUUUUAAUCCCUGCGAGUCCAAUAAUUGUAAAUCUUCAGAUUUGAAAUGCUUCCAAUUGUUUUGUAAUCCCUGCAAAUAGGACAAGAGAGCAACCUAACAACAGAGUCCAAGAGGGCCUUGUUCGGUAACUCAUUUAAAGGAAGAAGUGAACUCUUAGGCAAGUAUUUGUAAACUGGUGUAUAGUGUAGCGUAUACAAUACAAAUGGCAAUGGAGUCGCUCGGACUAAGCUCAUUAUUUCCAAGGAUGUCAUCACUAUCGCACCAUGAAAGGUUGUCGUUAUCUCCCCCAUUCUUGGGCAGUAGAGUGGGCGCUGGGCAGCCCAACAGCACAAUAUUAGGUGUUCAGUUCGAGAAGUUCGACAUUCCCAGAAAAAGAUGUGUCACAACUAAGCAAUUCUCGGUUAAUUCUAUUCUUGCAGAUGUUGCAAAAGAUUUCGUGAGUUACCAGGCACCAAUAUUAGCUAAACCGGAAGCAGACCCCAAGACUGUAGCCUCCAUCAUAUUAGGUGGUGGAGCUGGGACUCGGCUUUUUCCACUUACUGGAAGAAGAGCGAAGCCUGCCGUGCCAAUUGGGGGAUGUUAUAGACUGAUAGAUGUCCCAAUGAGUAAUUGCAUCAACAGUGGAAUUAACAAGAUAUAUAUCCUCACCCAGUUCAAUUCACAAUCCCUCAAUCGACACAUUGCUCGAACGUAUAAUUUCGGAAAUGGUGUGAAUUUUGGUGAUGGUUUUGUGGAGGUAUUAGCAGCCACGCAAACGCCAGGUAAAUCAGGGAAGAAGUGGUUUCAGGGUACAGCAGAUGCUGUAAGACAGUUCCUCUGGUUGUUUGACGAUGCAAAGCAUAGAAAUCUUGAAAACAUUCUCAUUUUGUCUGGUGAUCAUCUCUAUCGAAUGGAUUAUAUGGACUUUGUGCAGCAUCACAUUGAUUCAGGUGCUGAUAUAUCAGUUUCUUGUCUUCCUGUGGAUGACAGUCGUGCCUCAGAUUUCGGGUUGGUGAAGAUUGAUGAAACAGGAAGGAUCAACCAGUUUCUUGAAAAACCGAAUGGUGAAAGCUUGAGAUCUAUGCAAGUAGACACAGAUAUUCUAGGACUAUCGUCUCAAGAAGCAAAGAAUACCCCAUACAUUGCAUCAAUGGGUGUAUAUUUGUUCAAGACAGAAGUUCUAUUGAAGCUUCUCAGGUGGCAUUAUCCAGAGGCCAAUGAUUUUGGGUCAGAAGUACUUCCUAUGGCUGCAAAAGAUUUUAAUGUUCAGGCAUAUGUAUACAAUGGCUACUGGGAAGAUAUUGGGACUAUUAAAUCCUUCUUCGAUGCGAAUUUAUCCUUGACCGAUCAGCCUCCGAAAUUUCAAUUCUUUGAUCCAUCAAAGCCAAUUUUCACAUCUCCUCGUUUUCUACCACCAACAAAAAUAGAGAAAUGCCAGGUUAAAGAUUCUAUUGUUUCGCAUGGGUGCUUUUUGAGGGAGUGCAGCGUUGAACAUUCCAUUGUGGGGAUUCGAUCAAGACUGGAGUAUGGUGUGGAGCUGAAGGAUACUAUGAUGAUGGGUGCUGACUACUACCAAACUGAGGUGGAAAUAGCAGCUCUUUUAGCAGAUGGCAAAGUCCCAGUUGGCAUUGGAAGAGAUACCAAAAUAAGGAAUUGUAUAAUUGACAAGAAUGCAAGAAUUGGAAAGAAUGCGAUAAUUGCAAACAAGGAUAAGGUGGAAGAGACAGAGAGACCAUCUGAAGGAUUCUACAUUCGAUCUGGAAUUACAGUGGUAUUGAAGAAUGCAAUAAUAAGAGAUGGGACAAUCAUCUAAGAUAACUGAACAGCAAUGAGUAUCAUCACGGAUGCAUAGAUGUGUAUAUAUUCCACUUGAGUUAUGGAACUUUUUAUUCCACAAAAGGAAAUGACAUUUCUCAAAAUUCUUCUUCUAGAUUUUACCAGGUGAAUUUACGAACUGAAGUUCUCAAAUUUUUGAGUAGAAAAUCUAUCAAUAAUUUUAUUA